AUGCUUCGAAGAAACAAUUCCUUAUGGAGGAAUUCUCGAAGUUUACUGAUACCGUGUUCAUUGGUUAUGUUCACAGUAUUAGCGUUGUGCUGGAUAAAUUUUUCUUCGGCAAGCGUAAUCUAUGGCAAUUCGCCAGAUUUACUCAAAAGAAGUCAUUUAGGAGAUGAUGACAAUAUUAAUGGUUUGAUGAAAAAGAGAAAUAGCGAAUCAAGGUCAGAUGGUAAAAUAUCACGCAUAAACCAUGAAAAAUUGAAGCGUGAUAAUUUUUUGCAAGGAGAAAUCAAUUCUAACCACGACACAUGGGCAAAACGCGCGACGACAACAGAAACUUCACCCACUUGUGGAACUCAAUGUACAAUAGCUAUCGUCGUGGGUUCAAUUCUCUUAUUUCUUUUCCUCGCCUACGGAAUCUUUCGUUUCAUUCGCAGCAGACGUCUAAAGAGUAAGGUCGAGGAUAUUUCCAAGUCUGGUAAGACAAGCGUCAGCGGAUCCCCCGAGAACCACCCAUUAAUAUUACCUGAUACCAUCCCAGGACCAACGGAUACAUGUUGGAACAUCAGUAAUCAAGAAUCUUCCGGGGUAAACUUUGCCAUUGCCGAACGAUUCACGUUAGAACAUCCUCCGCAAGAGGAACUCCCCCCACUUGAUGUCAUAUCAGAAAUUCAUGAUUUAGGAGGUGCCAGAGCAUGGAAAUGGCUUCCCGUCGAUUCCUUGAUGACCGAACAAACUAUUUCCAUCACAGAAGAUGGAAAAGUAAUUAAUUUUAAUAAACGUACGGACUCGAUGAUUCAAUCAAACUAUCCAUUUUUUAUACCUGUAGAAGAGGGCAAAACGAUUUUUGAGGAUCCGUUCGAGCAACCUGAGACGGCAGUGCAUCGUUCGGGGCAGCCCAUACAUUAUUUUGAAAUCACAGUGGUGUCAAAUCCCGAAAAAAAUAACAUCAUAGCAAUUGGAGUAGCGACCAAACCAUACCCUCCGUUUAGACUACCGGGAUUAAACGUGCACUCCGUAGGUUAUCAUUCAAACGGUCGAAAGUUUAAUGAUAGCUCUGGCGGUACUUCUUACGGUUCUCCAUGGGGUGAGGUCGGCGAUACGAUUGGCUAUAACCCGGCGACGGGUGGUAUCUUCUUUACCAAGAAUGGGUCAUUCUUGGGCAAUGCGUUCACCGGAACACAACUACAACACAAAGAUGGAAGGACAUUAAUAUGGAAUUAUAUAAAUACAACUUACUGA